AAAAAAUGGAACAAUUUGAACAAUUGUUAACGUGUUGCGUUUGUUUGGAUCGUUAUCGCAUACCAAAAUUGCUGCCAUGUCAACACUCCUUUUGUAUGGAACCCUGUAUGGAGGGUUUGGUGGAUUAUGUCAGACGACAGGUUAAAUGUCCAGAAUGUCGUGCUGAACAUCGUAUACCCUAUAAUGGUGUUCAAGCAUUUCCCACCAAUGUAACACUUCAACGUUUUCUCGAGUUACAUAUCGAGAUAACGGGCGAAUUACCAGAUCCCACUUCCGGUCAAAUAAUGGAACGUUGUGGUGUUUGCUCUGAGAAGGCCUAUUUGCAGCCAUGUGCUCAUUGUGAAAAGAAAAUCUGCGAUGAUUGCAAAAGUGCUCAUAUGGACAUUUUGCGACGUGAAAUUACACGUUUUAACUCACAGAUUCGUCGCAGUUUACAUCGUCUGCAGGAUUCAUUGGCCUUAAUCGAAAAGAACAUGAUUAGCUUACAAACGAAUUGUAUUAGCACCACAGAGGAAAUCGAUGAAAUCUAUCGUCGCAUUACUAAAGCCAUUAAGGAUCGUGCCGAUCAGUUGAAGGGAGAAAUCGAUCGCUACCUCACCACCGAAUCGCGCAAUUUGAAAACACUCAAAGAGAAUCUCGAUACUGAGAUCAGCAAUAUCACUAGUAAUUGUGAUAUUGUUGACAAAUACAUGAAUGAGACAGUUGAAUGGGACGAUUGUGAACUGAUGGAUACGAAAGAGAUCUUCUUGAAGACGGUGGAAUUUUUGAGACAUUUUGAAUAUGAAAAUUCCGAUUAUAGUCGUCGUGUACGCUUUUUGGUUUCAAUUGAUCCCAAUCAAUUGGUCAUGAAUUUGGCCACAUUUGGUGACUUGAAUAUAACACCACAUUCGGCCACAGGUUCUGCCAGUAGCUCUCACUUGGCACCGCCCUCAUCAUUACAACCUGGUUUGAUGCGUUCGAAGAGUGAUCAUCGUUUGGCGACACAAUUUCGCCAGCAAGAGGAACGUAUUGGUUAUAAUGAUGAGCCAGUGUUGGGUGGUCGCCUAUCAUCGCGCGAACUGCGUCUCGAAUCGAGACGAUCGCGAUACGAAGAGGCGGUUGAACUUCCUGCCGAUACACCAGAUGUAGCAGCACUUGAUGAAGGCUUGCUAACACUGUUGACUGUGGUCUUAGCUGUGGGCUUAUCAUCGACCUCAUCUUCAGAUUCUUCCGUAGAUGUUUCCUCUUCGCUACUAGACUCUGAAUCGGCUUUGCUCUUGUCGGCUGCUGGUGUACUAUGUUGUGGCAAGAAACGACUAACAAAUGGUUUCUUUUCAGUGGUAGCAGCAGUGCUUGCAGCUGUUGCAGCUGCCGGUCUGCUGGCUGUGCUACGUGCUGGACUUUCGCGUGCUGUUGAAAAUCUAGCCGCUGAAGGUGCUCGACCAGCGGCAGCUGCUGCUGAACUGGCUGAACUUUCAGUGGAUGCACUUGAGUCACUGCUGCCGGAGCGUGUUGUCUUCUUGACGGCUGCAACUUGGGCUGGUACUGGUGCUAAAAAAAUAUUAUUAAAUAAAGUAGAAAACAUAAAUAUUGAAAGACAAAAAACCAUAACAAAAAAAACCAAAACAAAAAAUUCCAGCUACACAAGCCGCUUUCUAAAUAAAAGCAAGAGCAGCGCCAUAGUAUCGCAACCAUCCCUAUCCAACACGCCAAAUGCCUCUUUUGAUGAGGAUGCCAAUGGCACCGGCGAUGAUUCGGAUUCACGUUAUGGCACCGGACGUUCACGUUACUUAGCGAUGAAGGAGCGUCGCAAUCGUUUGGCACGUAGUCGCUCCUCGCAUCAAUUUGGCAACGAUGAUGAUGAUUUGGAUGAGCCCGUGUCGCCAACAACGGCAUCACCAUCUGCUUAUUUAGCUUCAAGAUAUAGCGGCUAUGGCGGUUCCGAUUUGGCACGCAGUCGUUCAUCACAUGCUCUCAAAUCACGUGACAGCUCUCCCAUCACCGAUCGCACAUCAUCGCGCAGUGGUGCUGGUACAUCUUCGUUAGCCAACAACGACAGCAAGGAUGGUGAAGCUUUAAGCUCUUGGGCCCGUUAUUUAAAGAAUAAAUAUGGCAAUAAGAGCUCUAAAGAUACACCGUCGGGUAGUGGACGUGACGGUCUCGGCAGCAGUAGCACUUCUUCGGCCCUGCCAUCUACAUCGAGUCAUGGUGCAAGUGGCAGCGGCAGUAGUCGUAGCCACGUUGCCAGUGAUGUGUCACGACGCCUUAGUCUGGGUCUGCCUCUGAGGCAGGUCAGUGAACUUGGUUCAUCGGAUGAUGACGGUUCAAAAAACGGGCUAGGCUCCCCUACCUCCCCUACGGUAGCAGCAGCAGCUCACGGUAUAACCGGAGUGGCAGGUACUUCCCCUAGGCAAUUGUACCUGCGCAAGCGUCAACAGCUGUUCCAAUUGGGGGGCCGGGGGAGCGAACCCGGUUCUUUUACCUGGCCACGCGGCUUAGCCGUUGGGCCGGAUAAUAGCAUUGUCGUCGCCGACUCAUCGAAUCAUCGCGUACAGGUAUUCGAUUCGAAUGGCAUCUUCGUUAAGCAGUUUGGUGAAUAUGGCAAUGGUGAAGGCGAAUUUGAUUGUUUGGCCGGUGUAGCGGUCAAUCGUAUUGGACAAUAUAUAAUAGCAGAUCGAUACAAUCAUCGCAUACAAGUUCUUGAUCCGCAAGGACGUUUUCUGCGGGCUUUCGGUUCACAAGGUACCGCAGAUGGUAAAUUUAAUUAUCCAUGGGGUGUGACCACAGAUGCAUUGGGCUUCAUAUAUGUGUGCGACAAAGAAAACCACAGAGUACAGGUUUUCCAAUCGGAUGGUUCAUUUGUUGGUAAAUUUGGUACUUGCGGUCGUGGUGAAGGACAACUUGAACAUCCACAUUAUAUUGCUGUAUCGAAUACGAAUCGUGUUAUUGUUUCCGAUUCGAAUAACCACAGAAUUCAGAUAUUCGAUGUAAAUGGCAAAGUUUUAUCAACAUUUGGUGGCGAAGGUUCCGACGAUGGACAAUUUAAGUUUCCCAGAGGCGUUGCGGUGGAUGAUCAAGGUUACAUUUUUGUGGCUGACUCUGGAAAUAAUCGCAUACAAAUUUUCAAUCCUGAUGGUAGUUUCUUAAAAACUUUCGGUUCCUGGGGUUCUGGCGAUUCAGAAUUCAAAGGUCUGGAAGGGGUGGCUAUUAUGUCAAAUGGCAAUAUAUUGGUUUGCGAUCGUGAGAAUCAUCGUGUACAAGUGUUUUAAAUUAAAUAUCAUAUUGAAAGCUCUUGAAUAACGACUUGAAAAUGUUUUCAUAAAUUUAUUUAUUAUUUA